UCCGUCCAUCCGUUCAUCCAUCCAUUUCUACCAUUCACCCAACAACAACUACCACCACCACCAGCAGCACCCACACAAAGAAACGGGCACAACAACAUUUCUACUUCAUCCCGCCUUUCAACUUUUACAUCCACACAAGAAACACACACACACACAACACAUCAACCAAAAUGUCGUCGCCCGCCCCUUCUAGCACCGGUGGCGCCAAGGAGAAGAAGCCCCUUGAGCAGAUCACGUUCCGCUUCUGCUCCGAAUGCAGCAACAUGCUGUACCCCCGCGAGGCCGAGGACGAGAACAAGCUGCUCUUCACCUGCCGCACCUGCAACUUUUCCGAGCCCGCCACGUCGACGUGCAUCUACCGCAACAUCCUCAACAACGCUGCCGGCGAGACGGCUGGUGUCACGCAAGAUGUCGCCUCUGAUCCCACGGUGGGUGUUGUCUCUUCUGUUUCUUCUGCUGCUGUUGGUGAUGGUGUCGCCUCGCCUGCGUCGACCUUGCCCCGACCCGCGGACGGAUCGACCUACAUCUACUGCCAGUGCUGUGGCGUCAUUGAGCUGUGUUCGAACCACUUUGCCGCCCCUCCCUCCGACUCCGAAGCCGGCAGCGAUUGCGAGUCCCUGUACGACCAGAUGGCCGCUACCACGAUCGACAUGAACGACAACAGCCAUGUCUGGGCCUCCAACAACAGCAGCGAGAGGGAGGCCAUGGCCAGGGUCCGUGCCGAAGAGUACUUUUACAACUUGGUCGCCUUUGAGGACUACGAAGAAGAGGAGGGCUCCAUCGAGUUUGAAAACAUGGAGCUCGACGACACCGACAUGGACAUGACAGCAUCAAGCCAACGGCCUGUUCAAGUCCCGGCAGCUUAGGAAACGACCGGCAGACGACACAUGUCCCGCUCUCACGAGGUUACGACUUUUUGAUUUUACGGUCACAGCGAUUACGGUUGCGGCAUAUCCAUUACAUCAGGAUUAUAAUACAUCUAUAAUCAUGGCGGCGCGGUUGUUCGCCCACCUUUGGGAUCACAGCACCCGACACACGACUGGCACACAGCACAGCAUAGUACAGCGCAUACCCAAAAGUCUCCGUCCGUCUGGUGGCGGGGUCUGGUCCGAGAGGCGAUGACCUGGAUUUGGCUUAAUCUUGUCAUUUGCUCUGGCUUGCAUCGAGACUAAUCUUUUCUUUUCUUCUUUCGUUUGCUAUCUAGCUCCCAAGAGCCAUCAAGGAAUGCCCUGCCUGCCACCACCCGGAAGCUGUCUUCUUCCAGUCACAGCAGCGUACUUCGGAAACCGGAAUGGUAAGACUCACUCACCUGUCUGGGAGGGGCUCACCAGAGUCAUGGGUUAAC